GAACACAACACGAGUCGGGAGCGCGCGUCAGCUGACACCCGCAGAGAGAGCAGAGCCAGACAUGGAUCAACUCAAAGUCAAAGACAGGAUCCUCGAAAACAUCUCUUUUUCCGUCAAGAAGUUGCAGAGUUACUUUGCCGCCUGUGAGGAUGAGACGCCAGCCAUCAGAAAUCACGACCGGGUUCUUCAGCGGUUGUGUGAACACCUGGAUCACGCUCUGCUUUAUGGGUUGCAGGACAUCUCAUCAGGUUACUGGGUCCUCGUAUUACACUUCACACGGCGAGAGGCUGUCAGACAGAUUGACGAACUCCAGCACAUAGCUACCAAUCUAGGCAGAAGUCGUGCCUGGCUCUACUUGGCACUCAGUGAAAGUUCUUUAGAAAGCUACCUCCGACUUUUUCAAGAGAAUCAAGGACUGCUCCAUAAAUACUAUUACAAAAAUGCAUUGGUUUGCAGUCAUGAUCAUCUCACUCUGUUUCUUACACUUGUCUCUGGGCUGGAGUUCAUCCGCUUUGACCUCGAACUGGAUGUGCCAUACCUGGAUGUUGCUCCUUACAUGCCGGAGUACUACAAACCUCAGAAUCUGUUGGAUUUUGAGGAGAGGUUGCCAAGCUCUGAUAGCCUUUCUCUGCACUCUUUCACUUCCCUCACCUCCACUAACCUUGAGUGGGACGACAGUGCCAUUGCCCCAUCCAGUGAAGAUUAUGAUUUUGGUGACAUCUUCCCUGUGUUGCAGUCAUUGCCAAGUGCAGACUGGGAAGAGGGAGACUUAACCGAUCCAGUCAGUGGGCCCCGUUCCUCAGGAUCGGACCCUCAGACUGUUGUCAGUGACUGUGUGGUGAUCAGAGCCUCCGCACGCACCAUCAAGACGUCUCUGUCGCGAAGCCCUACGUUUCGGCACAAUCCCUUCAAAGAGGACUCGGACACUAACACUUCUGCUGAUGUCACCCCUGUGCACAUGGCUAGCCGUCAUGCUUCCACAACAGGAGAAGAUGCUGAGAUCACCAGCACUGAGCUGGAAGUCAUAAGAAUGGCAAGGCGCAGAAGGCCCGGUAAGAAACGACGGGGAAGAGGGUCGACAGACUCUGUGAGCAGUGAGCAGAAUAUCAUCUCUCCUGACACUGAGGAAAGCCUUCAGAAAGUGGAUGAGAGAGACAUUAUAGUAGACGAGCGUAAUGUGGACAGUCCGGGUCCUCUGGAGGGGCCAGACGAUCCUGGGCCCGAGUGCAUGACGAAUGGGAGACAAGGAGACGACGAAGACCUGGAGGCAGGACUGAGGCUCCCUCAAAUGACGGACACUUCUAUGGACAGUGUGGGCCAACCCCUCCGGGAUGUAAUGGACAGGCUGAACGGUUCUCUGGAUGGAGAAAGCUGGCAACCACCUGAAGGUGAGGAGGGAAUAUGCACUAGUCACGAUGAACCCCCCCAUCAGCAGCCCUUUCGAGAGGACUCGGGCGGUGAACCUCCGGACCCAAGCCGUAGCUUCCUGCAGGCCCCCCUGCCACCUGCAGACUUUUACUGCUUUACCUCCCAGAGUCCAGACCCUGCUUCCUCGUGUGGUGGGCACAAUGACUCUGCAGGGAAUGGCAUGCCGCAGGAUGUUUCUGUUGGCGAUGAAGAUGAGGGAGAAGCAGAGACAACAGGUGCAGGGCAGGAUCCCUCCAUCCCCAUAGAGACGUCAGCUCAGGAGAAACGGAGUAAAGCAGAAGAAGAGCAGGAGGAGGAUAAAGACUGUUCAAUACAGAGCUCCCAUGCUGCAGAGUUUAAGGUGGAUAAUAAUCACCUGCUGCUGCUCAUGAUUCAUGUUUUCAGGGAGAAUGAAGAACAGCUCUUUAAGAGUCAGAGGGAAAAAUCAAAAAAGAUGGUGAGAAUGAGCACAGGCCACAUGGAAGGAGAUUUGCAGCCUCUGUAUCUGCUGUUGACAGACUGCUACAUUUACCUCUUGCGUAAAGGGGCAGCAGAGAAGCCUUAUAGUGUUGAGGAGGCAGUGUCUUAUAAUGAGCUUGACUACAUCUCUGUGGGAUUUCACCAGCAGACUAUCACUCUGGUGUGCACUAACAGAAGACGGCAGUUCCUGCUGGACACAGCCGACUCAUCUUUGACUGUCUGGUUUCUGGCUGUGCUAAAGGCAGCCAUGGAAAACGGCUGUAGGGAUCCUCCCUACCCCUCUGUUCUCACUGACGCCACCAUGGAGAAACUUGCUCUUUCUAAGUUUGUAUGCCAAGAGACACACUGUGAGUUGUCGGAGAUGAGCAUCCGGCUGUAUUCUCUGGUUCACUGGGAGGAUCCCAUGGAUGUGACAGUGGCUUCACCUACAUCUCCAUCCAGAUCAAAAGAAUCCAGCAGCACUAAAGAGGGCCCACUGUUAUACCGGGCUGGGAACUCUUACUUGGGAAAGGAAGUGUGGAAAAGCUGUUACUUGGUUCUCAGCAAAGGCAUCCUGUAUCAGUAUGCAGAGAGAACUGAUGUUACACCUUUGAUGUCUGUUACCAUGGGGGGAGGGCACUGUGGAGGCUGCAGGCGUUCAAACAGCACAGAGAAGCCUCAUGCAUUUCAGGUGAUUCUGACGGAUCAUCCUCCAUUAGAGCUCAGUGCAGAAAACGAAUUGGAAAUGGCUGACUGGAUGCAGCUUUUCUGCCAGUCUGUCUCUAAAGGGAUUAUUCCACAAGGAGUAGCUCCUGCACCCUGUAUUCCAUGUUGCCUUGUGCUCACAGACAGGAAGUUGCUCACGUGUCACCAGGAUUGCCAGACCAGUUUUUUCCGUUCUCUAGGAGGAGCUGAUCUGAACGAUGUCACAGCUGUUUGCCUGGAGGACGAUAAAGAAUACUGUGUCAUUGAAUUUGCAGAAGACCGUGCUCACUUUCUCCCUCCAUGGGUUUUGUAUUUUAGCGGAUGUGAGGAGCGAGAUCGGCUACUUGCAGAAUUGAGCCAAGCUUGGACCACUGUUUACCAGGUGACUCUUCCUCGUAAACCGGUGUUAGACCCGUCGGUGCAGAAGAGGUGCAGGGAGGCGCUGGAGCUGAUGAAGAGUGCCUGGCAGAGGAGUGACAGCCUUCACAGAGGUCGAUCAGAGAGAGAACCAUGGUGCUGACGACCUCUACAUCACUACAGUGAGCCCCAGGAUUGGAUAGGACAACAUUGGGAAGUCAGCUCACCAGCAAACCUACCGUUUAUGUAGGUACAAGCGGACUCGGUGAGCUCUCCAGACCAAAGACAAUAUUGAACAAAGUGGGCUCAGAUAAAAUCAAGCUACUGAUAAAAAAUCCUGACCUCGUUUACACUUGCCUUGCACAGAUAUUUAAGGAGUUAAGAUAAAGGCUUUAGCUUUUACAAGUGGAAGUCUGCUACAGGAAAUCAAAAAGACACUCUUGAGAUCUAGUAGUUCUCUACCAUUACAUGCUUUUGGACUAUAAAUAGUGUAAAUGCAUAGUCAAAGUUUUCUUUUUUUUUCUAAACACACCUUUCUUCCUUGUAUAAAGUUUAUGGACAGAUACUGUUCAUGCCUGUACUGUAUAAAGAGGUACAAACUGCUUUGUGAGCACUUGCGGAAGAGAAUUUUAGUAAUGUUUACACCUGAUAUUAUUUGGCUGCUUUAAAAUAACCAUUUGAACGUAUUACGGUUUGCAUGACAGCUUGGCACAGAGACUCAAAACAGAGAGAAAGAAAUAGGAGAAAUUGGUCUGGAUUUCAUUUAGUUAUCUAAUAUCAAUCAGAACUGCUAACACUGGUGAGGUACCAGAAUGUCAAUGCUGUUAAAAUGGACUGAAGUAAUUUGUUAGAAUCAGGUGGUAUUGAGAUACUGUAUUAGGGAUCAUACAAUUCUAUUAUGUCAUUUUAAGUUAUUGAGGCUAAGUGACAAAGUUUAAAAGUGAAGGAGUCAAUUACAGCUGAGUUGCACAAGGUUCAGAAUUACACGUUUGUUGGUGUUCUGUUUGUACUUUUGGUACUCGUGUUGAAAGAUAGGUUUGAAAGAUUUUUUCUUUUUUUAUAAUGCCAUUAAAAGGAUUUACGAUCAUACAUAAGCAUUCACAGCACAACUUUAUCGGGUUUGAGAAAAAAAUAUUUAUUUUUUAUUUUCACUCGCAAUUCAAUACAGUCAAUCAGGCUUUUGGUAAAGUCACACUCUUCGAAAGGUGUUGUCAGGUUGUUUUUUUUGUGUGUGAGUGUUUUUACUGAUUUAACACCGAUCAUCUAUUGCUGUGUUAGCUUAAAUAUCAAAGCCAUUCCCAGUUCCGUACUUUAAAUAUAAUAUACUAUUUCCAGUGACACACUGUAAACUUGUUUUAAGAAUGUAGAGUGGUUUUAAAGAAAGCAAACUUGAGUAAACUUGAGUAUGUGGAUCUUUGCCUGACUGUGAUGAAUGGAAACAGAAGCAGAAUCUCAGGUAUGUUGAAGUUUGUUCCAGUCAACCGUGAUUUUAACUAGUACAUUGCUGGACAAUGAUGGAAUACAGUUGUUCAUUAACAAUUGAAAUGUGGUUUAUUUUUUAGUUUUUUUUUUUUUUACAUUUUUUUUAACUUUCAGUUCUUUUUUAUUUUUUUAUGGGAGUGACCAACAGUAGUCAGUUAUGUUGUUCUAACACUCUGUCUCAAAUACACUAAAUGCUGCAUGUACAUUUUGGAAGAUGUCAUUAAUAUGAUAACAAAUAUAAAUAAAAAUGACUUUUUUAAUGGAAAA